AUGGCCGACCAACAAAACCCCCAGCCGGUUGCGCCGAUUCCGCGGACCACCCGCCCGAUGAGCGAAGCUCUCCUCAACGAGAAGUGGGACCGCUGCCUUUCUUCCAUGCUCAUCCGCUCCGGCCUCGGUGUCUCAUUCGGUAUCGUCUUCUCCGUUCUCCUCUUCAAGCGUCGCGCAUGGCCUGCCUUCGUUGGUCUCGGUUUUGGUGCGGGACGGGCAUGGGAAGAGUGUGACAACUCAUUCAAGCGCGCAGCAGCACCAUCAAAGGACGGUCUCCGCGUUGUUCGACCAUGA